ACAAAUCGAUCACAAAGCCAAACAAGUUUCUCAACAUGCCCCCAAAAACCGGAGGAAAGGCUUCAGGAAAGAAAGCCGUGUCGAAGGCCAAGAACAUUUCGAAGGGGGACGGGAAGAAGCGUCACCGCAAGAGGAAGGAGUCCUACGCCGUGUACAUUUACAAGGUCCUCAAGCAGGUCCACCCCGACACUGGCGUCUCCUCCAAAGCCAUGUCCAUCAUGAACUCCUUCGUCAACGACAUUUUCGAGCGAAUCGCCUCCGAAGCGUCCCGUCUCGCCCACUACAACAAGAGGUCAACCAUCACUUCUCGGGAAAUCCAGACGGCCGUUCGCCUCCUCCUCCCAGGAGAACUCGCCAAGCACGCUGUCUCUGAGGGCACCAAAGCUGUGACCAAGUACACCUCCUCCAAGUAAUCACACAAAUCAAAUAAGACUACAAAAACAAGACCCGAGAGAUGUUUUAAGCUCUAAAGAUGCAGAUGACCAUGUAUUAUUUAAAGUUCAACAUUCUGAAUGUGAAGGAAACCCAACGGCCCUUUUAAGGGCCACCA